AUUUCGACCAGGGGUGGGAACAGCAAGAGUUUCCAAAUUGCCAGGUUCAGCCAGAGUGAACUCACCCCUGAAAGAAAGAAGAGUUGAGAAUUUUCAACCCAGGACGAAUGCGACAGGGUUAGGCUCGCCUCGGGAUGAAAACGCCCAUGACAGUAGCCAAAAACAAACGUCAAGGGGCAAGGUUCACAGAGCCGCGCGCACUUGUAAAUAAAAAAAAAAAUGGCAUGAGUUUUAUGGAGCGAUGAUGAGGUCUGGGAGCGGCUCAGUCUGGGCAAAUGAAAAUAUCCAGCGGCUGCUUCAUGAACAAAAAUAAACUUAAAAAUAGCAUUCGGGAUUGUGAUUGUUGUAGUAGUAAUAUGAAAAGGCUGCGUCUUGCCCGGAGCACACGUUGACGGCGCCUCCUCCGAGCUUGUUGUAUACGAGCCCUCCUUCGUAAAAUAAUAAUUUAAAAAAAUGAAAGCCGUGUCGGGAGCCAUGUUGGAUAUUUACUUACGCCACUGUGUUUUACACGGGUUGAAAAUAUGCAAUGUGUAACGGUCAUGUCCAACGCCGGUGCGAAACUUAAGCCGAGAAUUGUAGAGUACGCAAAUGUGAAUGCAUGCAGGGCUGAACUCAGGGGCGCGUCACCCCGGGGCCACUCCGUGUUGACACAACGCGGGUUUUUGUGGUGUAGUGUGAAAAGCCCUGUCUGUAGAGUGAUUAGAAUUGAUGUUCGUGAUACAGGUGGAGGGCUGUGCUGUGCGUUGAUUUUCAACCCGACGCUUGCGCUGACGAAACUGACAAAUGGCCGAGACGAGAGGACGUUCAUUCUAUACAGGCAAGAAGAGAAAGGAAACUCCUCCCUUCAGAAAUACCACACACGGGCACUCUGCACAGCGCCAUGGUCUCAUGGAUCAUCUCUAGAUUGGUCGUGCUUAUUUUUGGCACACUUUACCCUGCCUACUCCUCCUAUAAAGCUGUGAAAUCGAAGGACGUUAAGGAAUAUGUAAAAUGGAUGAUGUACUGGAUUGUAUUUGCACUUUUCACAACGGCAGAAACCUUCACAGAUAUCUUUCUGUGCUGGAUUCCGUUUUAUUAUGAACUUAAAAUUGCUUUUGUUGUCUGGCUGCUGUCCCCCUACACAAAGGGAUCCAGUGUUCUCUAUAGGAAGUUUGUACAUCCAAUGCUGUCCUCGAAAGAAAAGGAAAUAGAUGACUAUCUCUGCCAAGCAAAAGACAAGAGCUACGAUGCCCUGGUGCACUUUGGGAGAAAAGGCUUGAAUGUGGCGGCUACAGCUGCAGUAACGGCUGCUGCAAAGGUAUCUCACCUUCUUGAAAUAAUCAAGCACGGGGACUUUAAAGAAGGGAAGGGGCAGGGAGCACUGUCGGAGAGGCUGCGGAGCUUCAGCAUGCAGGACCUGUCAACGAUUCAGAGAGAUGAGGCCGGACCUGUCCUCAGGCCGGUCCCGUCAAGGACACCCACCGCACAACCAAGGUCCAGAACCACUGCUAGGAGCAAAUCAGAAACAGCCUCAGCUUGUAUACAUUGCUCUAACUGUGGCCUCUUCUCAGUUGACACCACAGAGUAUGAAGUGUUGAGCAAAGAGCAGUGUGAUGCAAAGGAACCUCUAGUGCACUCCCACAGAGAUGCUAAUGAUGAUGUAAUGGAAAUUCAGCCAGAACCCCGACUGCUCAAGAGAAGGGCUCCAGAGCCUCCCCCUAGAGUCCUGGGGCCUCGCUCCAGAUCAAUGAGUACCUCGUCUUCAAACAGUGAUAACAUGUGACUGUGAGAGAGCAUGGGGAUGCUACCAUUGACAUCUGCACCCAGACUGCUUCACUGCCUUAAUGAGAACACACUUCAGUGACUCCUCAGAAACCAUCAACAGUGGGCAACUGGGAGGUAUUUUCUGACCUGUAGAGAAGAUUAUAUCAUGGCAGUGUCCCACUUGCUGGGUUUAUCUGUCUGGCUGUAUGUUUGUGUGUAUUUUUGUUUUGCUUUGUUUAAGGUGCCAUUUUCCCCUACGAAAAUAUUGAUAGUCUGGUGAAAAAUCAUGCAUGCAUGUUUAACGUUGUCUGUUCUAUCCAUGGAAACCAAAGCGCAAACACACACACUAACACACACACACACGCACACCCUUACACACCUCCAUUAUGACAGCACACGUAGCUUGAACAUUUGUGUAUUAGCAAUUAGAGAAUUGAUUGUGAGGAAACAGUGUCUGGAGACUUUGGUAAGUUCUAAAUGGAACUGGUUGUUGAGGUGACUUUACAUAGCCUUCGUUUGUGCUUGUGGAGCAAGCAACCUAUAUAGACAGGAUACAUGUAUAUUUCUUGAAUGUAAGGUGGAAUGAUGUUGGGAUUUUUAAAAUAGGUGAAUACAUCGCUCGCGUUGGAGAUGCAAACAAUAUAGCCUAAGUACAUAGCCUAAGUGUAAUUCUUUCCAACCCCUGGAAAUAUUAAAAUAAUUGCAGUUGAUGAGUAUUUAUAGUUGCAUAUAAGCUCAGGGCUUUUGGAAGCUGUUUAUUUGCUGGUGGUGGCACCAAAAUCCAUUCAUAAGAGUGAAAGUUUCAUUUUUGGCAAAAGGGCUGUAAAGACUUUCCUAAAAGUCCUUAAAAAUAAUAGGGACAGUAACACUGAACUGUGUAUAACAAGGUGAGAGCAUCCCUUUAUCUGAGAAUUACAUGAAGUACAAGAAAUUAGAUUUGGCUAAAAUGUUAUUAAAACUUGCUUUAUAAAUGGCUGUCCAUUCUCAGGCUCCCAGAGUUAUAAAUCUUCUGUUAAAAUUUUUCAGAUUUAAAGUAUAUGACACAAAACUGUUCCAUCCUGGCUCGCUCAUGAGAGAGUUCAGUUAUUUUUUAGAUAAACACAAGCCACACACAGUGAAGAUUUCUAUAAUUAACACUUUCAGGGCAGACAGUAAUGGAACUUGUGUUACGACCCAAAGCCCCAAGUGAAGAUUAUCAUUAAAGUAGUGUGAUUCUGAAAAAUAUAGCGUACCUGUAAUGUUUCUUUUCAUUGUUGACAUCCUGACAACUUUCUACACGUAUAACUUUAUUUUAGUUUCAAAGCUCUUUUCAAAAUGGCUGCUCUAGUGCACUGGGGUUUGAGAUCUGUCUUCUAAAUCACUGUAGGAAGAGCAAUUUAAAAAAACACAACAACAGGCGCUCUGGCUUUCGUACCACAUCAUGGAUCGUUGUUGCUGUUUUACCUGUUUGACAAUGUGGGCAAUAAUCCUUACACUAUCUGUGCGCUAGAGCGGACAUUUUGAAAAUAGCUUUGAAACAGGCUUUAAAGUUAUAAGUGUAGAAAGUUGUCAGGAUGUUAACAAUGAAAAGAAAAAUUACAGGAACGUUAUUAAACAGUUGUAGCAACACAUGGGGACGUACAACGCUAUAUUUUUCGGAACCCGCUGCUUACUCUUUAAUAUCACCCUUUAGAAGUUGUUUCCUGCAUGGUCCAUGUUUAUUCCCUUGGUAAUCCAAUUGCUCCUGUCAGAAAGAAACAGUAUUGUUGGCUUUGGUUGCAUGCAAUUGCAUUUCAUACAAUUCAUACAAUAUCACACAAAUAAUUUAGAGUUUGUUUUUACUGGUAGUUUACAGACCAAUUGAUUAUAGUAUUAUUGUGGUUUGGAGUUAUGGAAUGGCAGCAUUGUGGUCUUUGCAAUAACAAAUCUAUGUGAAUAAAAAUCACUUUGAAAAAGCA